CUAUAUAUCAUUUCUAAAUCCAUGAUUUCUAAGAAAGUUCAUUUAAAACACGAUAACUGAAAUCUGUUGAAAGAACUCAUCUGAGAAACCUUUAAAAUUAUAUAUUUUAUUUAAUCUGGUGAAAAUUUCAAAUAAUGCCACAUUUUGACACAUUUGCUGAAUUUGUAGGUAGAAAAAUAAAUAAAGUAAGAUGGAAACCGGAAGAUUUAAUGACAUCCACAAUGUUUGUAACAGGUUCUUGGGAUAAUGAACAGGAUAAUGUUGUGGAAUUGUGGGGUCUAAAUCCUGAAGAGGGAGAGCUAACAAACGAUUUCCCUCCAAAAUUAUUAGAUUCUAUUCAACAAGAUGGUGAUGUUACUCAAAUAAGAUUUCUAGAUAACAAGUAUGUUGCUGUGAGCACAGACAAUGGUACUGUAAAACUAUACCAAGUAAUUGGUGAAAAUGAAUCAAGUAAAAUAAAAUUAAGUGAAGUAUCAUCAUGGGAGAAAUUACAUUCUUUAGGAGAGGGACAAAAAUGUUCUUGCAAGGAUAUAGCUAUUUGUAAUUACUCGAUGGCCACUAUCGGAGAAGAUUAUAAAAUUAAUAUUAUAUCAUUGAAUACCAAACAGGUUCAUCAAGCACUUGAAGACGUAAGCAGCUCACCAUUAACUUGCAUUUGUUUUUUGACUGAAACUCAAGUUCUGUGUUGUAAUGCACUUAGUCAAAUUAAGCUUUGGGAUUUGAGAGUGGAUAAAAGUGAUAUAACUGCCAAUAUCAAUAACUUUACUCAGAAUCAAGUGCCAGUCACAUGUAUUGCUCAACAUCCUAGCCAAAAACAUUUUAUUUUUACUGGAUCAGAAGAAGGUGAUGUUGGUGUCUGGGAUAUGAGAACCAAUAGUCUAUUAACCACAAUGACAAGUGGUGAUACAUCUCCAUUAACAGAGUUAAUAUUUCAUCCCCUAGAACCUGACCAUAUGUUUUCAUGUUCAUUUGGUGGAAGAUUAUUGCAAUGGAGCUCUAAAAAGUCAUAUUUGUGUCUUAACGAUCCAGUAGAUAUGGAAUACUCAAACUUUUGGGUGAAUACAGAUAAAGUAAAAACACGUUUAUCAGUUAACGAUGUAAUUCAACCAAUUUUUUCACCAAUAAACUCACUAGAUAUUCAAAAACAGCAACUAAUAUGUGGGGCUGACAAUGAAGCUAUUUAUUUUCUAAAAAAUUUAAAACUUUAAAGUCAUAAAUAAUGAAAUUUUAUGUAAUUUUUAAUUUAAAUAUAUUUUAAUUUCAUAUAUAUACCUAA